UUUCUGUUCUCCCGGUGACUUUGUGUGACUCUAAACUUCUCCGAAAGUUCCUAAAACUUGCAGAAUGGAGGAUGAGGGAGGGACUGUGUGCGAUGGGAUUACACGUGAACGUCUAUUUCAGCUGUGGAUAAGCCCGUGCUCAUCUGAGGAGGGAAAUAAUUUAGGAUUAGAUGGGCUGUGUAAUCUCUUUAUAGACGGUGUGCCAUCUCAGCAGACAUACCUGCCUACGACUACAUCUCAUGCCCCUGAAGGCACCGCACCGCUCUCUCUCUCUCUCUCUCUUUCUCUACAUACAUUAUGGAUAGUAAGACAUCCAAAGAUGCCAGCUGUGUGUUGCACUGAAAGACUUUCUGUUGUUCACGUUCUGUGCCUUUUGGUUGGGACUGUACAUGGAGCUGCCGAUACACACCCAAAUCGAAGUCAUACCCUGCAAAAUCUGCGGAGACAAGUCCUCAGGGAUCCACUACGGAGUCAUAACGUGUGAGGGAUGCAAGGGCUUCUUCAGACGGAGUCAGCAGAACAACGCGUCCUACUCCUGUCCACGCCAGAGGAACUGCCUCAUCGACCGAACUAACCGCAACCGCUGCCAACACUGCCGGCUGCAGAAGUGUCUGGCCCUGGGCAUGUCCAGAGACGCGGUGAAGUUCGGGCGCAUGUCGAAGAAGCAGCGCGACAGCCUGUACGCCGAGGUCCAGAAGCACCAGGCCCGGCUCCAGGAGCAGCGCCAGCAGCAGACCGGCGAGGCCGAGGCCCUGGCGCGCGUCUACUCCUCCAGCCUCUCCAACGGCCUGACCACGCUCAACCACGAGAUCGGAGCCACCUACGCCAACGGGCACGUCAUCGAGCUGCCCAAAGGCGCCCACGGCAACGGAGUGGUGGGCGGAGCGGGAGGGGUCCCCGGGGGGUAUUAUGGGAUGGAUUCCACCCAGCCGUCUCCGGACCAGUCCGGCCUGGACAUGUCGGGCAUGAAGCACAUUAAGCAGGAGCCGGUGUACGACCUGACGCCCGUGCCGAACCUGUUCAGCUACGCGGGCUACCAGGACAGUCAGCUGGGGCCCAACAACGUCAGCAUGGGCGAGCUGGACCGCAUCGCUCAGAAUAUCAUCAAGUCUCACCUGGAGACGUGUCAGUACACGACGGAGGAGCUGCAGACGCUCGCCUGGCAGACACACUCCUACGAAGAAGUCAAGAUGUACCAGAGCAAGCCGCGGGACGCUCUGUGGCAGCAGUGUGCCAUCCAGAUCACACACGCCAUCCAGUACGUGGUGGAGUUCGCCAAACGCAUCUCAGGGUUCAUGGAGCUGUGCCAGAAUGACCAGAUCCUCCUGCUGAAGUCAGGGUGCUUGGAGGUGGUGUUGGUGCGGAUGUGCCGGGCGUUCAACCCCCUCAACAACACAGUGCUCUUUGAAGGGAAGUACGGAGGCAUGCAGAUGUUCAAAGCUCUCGGUUGCGAUGACUUGGUGAGCGCCGUGUUCGACUUUGCCAAAAGUUUGUGUUCCCUGCAGCUGACUGAGGAGGAGAUCGCCCUCUUCUCUGCUGCUGUACUAAUCUCUACAGAUCGGCCGUGGCUGAUGGAGCCUCGGAAAGUCCAGAAGCUGCAGGAGAAGAUCUACUUUGCUCUGCAGCACAUCAUGCAGAAGAACCACAUGGACGAAGACGCCCUGGCUAAG